GCGCCCCCCUGUCGGCGGGGCGGGCGGCCGGCAUGGAGGGUGCCGUGUCCAACGUCGAGGUCUGCAACCUGGCCUACGCCGGGCGCCUGGAGGAGCUGCGCGCCCAGCUGCUGCGCGACAGGGCCCUGGCCACCGCGGCCGACCAGGACAGCCGCACCGCGCUGCACUGGGCCUGCUCGGCGGGACACACGGCGGUGGCGGACCUCCUGCUGGGGCUCGGCGUGCCCGUCGGCGACAAGGACGACGCUGGUUGGACUCCCUUGCACAUUGCUGCGUCGGCAGGCCGCGAUGAGAUCGUGAAGGCCCUCAUUGACAAGGGGGCUCCCAUCAAUGCUGUCAAUCAGAACGGCUGCACGCCCCUGCACUACGCAGCCUCCAAAAAUAAGCAGGAGAUUGCAGUCAUGCUUUUAGAGAAUGGAGCUGAUCCAGAUGCAACAGAUCAUUUUGAAUCUACCCCAUUACACAGAGCAGCAGCCAAAGGGAACCUAAAAAUGAUACAGAUCCUUCUGCGGCACAAUGCAUCUGUUAACAUACAGGACUCGGAAGGGAACACGCCCCUUCAUUUAGCCUGCGAUGAAGAGAGAGUGGAUGAGGCAAAGCUGCUGGUGUCUCACGGUGCGAGUAUUCACAUUGAGAAUAAAGAAGAGCUGACCCCACUGAAAGUGGCAAAGGGUGGCCUGGGAGCCAUACUUAAAAGAAUGGUGGAGGGCUAGUGGGGCCUUCUGGCUUGGCUGUCUUCUCUGUUGUGCUUGUGUUUAAGAUUGCCAACUUCAUAUUUUGAUAGUUCAACAAGGAUGUUGUGCGUGAGCAUCAGCAUGGUACUAAAAUGUCUUAUCUCUAGGCUUGCUUCAAGUAUACUGCCAAAACAGUCAUUUGUACUUCCUGUUGAUUAAACAGAUUAUUACUUUUAAUGUA